GAGCACAGAGUAGAGGACAUACUUGUUAUUCUAUUUAUGGUAGUAAUAAUACUAAUAAUUGUUAUACUAUUUAUGAUAAUACUAAUAUGAAUAGUAAAAUUAAUAUUCGUUGUAGUAAUAAUUCUGAUAUUAGUAAUAUCAAUAGAGUUUGUAUGCAUCUAAAAGACAUACAAAUACAUUAGUAUAGAAAUAAAUAAAGCGACGUUUUCCGUGACGUCAUCACGUAAAGCCCCGCCAGCGACGUCGUAGUUUCAGCGGUUUGUCUGAAGUCGCGCGAGAGUUCAGCCGGAUUUAACAACACGAAGAAGAAGCGCUGCCGGCGGACUCCGGCGCCUCCAGCUGCCGCUCGGUUGGUCAUUUAGAUUUUAUCGUCCGUUAACGACUCAAACGUCACGUUAUUCAACAUGAAGACGGAACCGGACGUCGGUCAAUCGUCCCGUUAACGACCGAAACGUCCUGUAGUUCACCGUGAAGACGGAACCGGGCCACGGUGACGUGUGUGCAGCUUCACCGGAGCCCGUUCACAAGUCCUCGUCUUUAACUUUCUACGGCUGACAGUUGAACGAAUGAAUAGAAUCUCCCGUGACUGAAGGUGCUUGAUGAAUAAACUGCAUAUUGUGGGUCAUUCGGCACGCAGAUAAGCCCGCAGCGCCCCUUUCCCAAGAUGCACCUCUUCCUUUAACAGUAUGGCGUCUCCCUUCAAGAUUCCCAAAAAGAAACGUCCAGUGGGCUCUGACUCCGCCCCUCUGCACACGUCCCCGCUGGCCCGCCUCCAGAGCUCCGCCCCCGCAAUUAAGAGUUAUGGGGAUCAGUCCAGCAGAGGCAGAGCAGACAGAGUGCAUGCUGGGAGCUCACCGAGAGCUCCGAUCUUCAGGAACGUCGUGCAGACGCUGCUCGGACUGAGCGGCUCAAACAGAGGAGCUUCAGCAGCCAAUCACAGAGCAGUAUGGAGCAGCCAAUCACAGUCUGGGCCGAGAGCCGAGUCCUCGACUUCCUUCUCACACGGGUGGCGCCCUAUGACAGCAUCAGACCGACUGCUUGUGCCUGAUGUGACCUCUGCGUGUCCGUCUCCACCAAAGAAGAAGAAAAGUGACCUCACUGUUUCAGCCGCGGCGACUCCAAGACUCUCCGUCCAGACGCUGGACUCUCUGGCAGAGCUGAGGGGAGAGGGGCAUGCUGGGAGUUUGAGUUCCUCACCGUUGGGCAGAUGUGAAUCAGCUGAGAGGAAGCAACAGAAGAAGAACUCGUCUUCAUCGGGUUCAGACCAGACGUCAGAAGACGACUUUGUGUCCCCGUCCAGAGACUCUGUGAUGUCACCGAGGAGGCGGAGCCUGGACCGGAGGGCGUGGCUUAGUAACCAGAUGAACGAGGUGAGAGAGAAGGAGAGGAAGAGGUGGAGGGAGUUCAGAGGGCGGAAGACGAGUGGCUUUCAUCUUCACCUGAAGAAAGCCAGAACCAGUCCAACAGAACCCAUUGUCCUUUCCAGUGAAGAGGAGGAAGAGGAGGAGGAAGGAGACGGAGGAACCCAGCUGUCACCGAGUGGAGAGGAGGAGCAGCCGACCUCCAAAGGGGAGGAAGAUGAGAACAACCUUCCUCGUCUUCCUCCCUUCCUUCAGCUGGACUUCGUCUCGCUUCACGCCGGCCUGACCCACGCCGACGCCAACGGGAAGAUGAUGAUCAACGAGAGCGGCUUCGUCGUCCCUCUGAAAGGAGUCGAGGACGGGGAGGUCGCCCUGGUGGCGUCUCAGGUCCGGGGUUACGGCGUCUGCGACGGCGGCGUGGCUCGGGGCGGCGCCCUAUUGGCCGGUUGGGAAGGCCCCGCCCCCUCACUGCUCUUCCUGUGGGUGACUGAUGCUCAGGCCAACUUACUGCAGAGGGAGCUGUCCUCCAUCCAGACCCCCGCAUCAGGCCCGGCGUGCUCCUUCCUUCUGUUGGUGUUGAAGCAGCAGCUGCAGGAGCUGCAGGCCGCCCUGCUGGCCUCCAUCAUGGACAUGGAGGAGUACAGGAAGGGCGGCUCCUCCUCCCCUCUGGAGUGGGCCGACGGGCUCCUGCUCCUCCACAGCUGUCCUCCUCCUCUGGACCAGCACCUCCUUGAACUGUUGGGACACUCUGCUGUGAAAAACCACCGGAAGAACAAGAAGCCACAGCCCAACUCCUCUGGUCUGCAGCAGCUCCCCACCAGGUUGAUCCAGUACCCGGCGGCGCCGAGUAAAGGCCGGAUCACGGUGACGAAGGAGGACCUGGCCUGUCUGAGCGGCGGCGAGUUCCUCAACGACGUCAUCAUCGACUUCUACCUCAAGUUCCUCCUUCUGGAGGGCGUCGGGGGCUCAGUGGCCGGGCGGAGCCACGUCUUCAGCAGCUUCUUCUACAAACAGCUGAGCAGACGAAGAGCUGCCGGAGACCACGGCGCCCCCUCUGUCCCCGACCGUCACACGAGGCAUCAGAGAGUGAAGACCUGGACCCGCCACGUCGACAUCUUCACCAAAGACUUCCUGUUCGUGCCCGUCAACCAAGAAGCUCACUGGUUCCUGGUGGUGAUCUGCUUCCCGGGUCUGGAGGAGGUUCAGUACCAAGAGUUCCAGAGCUUAACCGGUGGAGCGCCAUCGCUGAGCCUGAGGCCACAGCAGCUGCCGGAGUGCACUCAGCAGAGCUGGCAGAGGGCCACGGUGUUGAGGAGGCCGUGCGUCCUCGUCAUGGACUCCCUGAAGCUGGCGUGCCACCAGAACAUCUGCCGGCUCCUCAGAGAGUACCUGCAGGUGGAGUGGGAGGUCCACCGGGGAACCCCUCGGCUCUUCACGGCCGACAGCGUGAGGAGCUGCAGCUGCAGAGUCCCUCAGCAGGACAACAGCAGCGACUGUGGGCUCUACCUGCUGCAGUACGCCGAGAGCUUCCUGCAGAACCCCGUGGUGCACUUUGACCUCCCGUUGCGGUUGGACAACUGGUUUCCACGGCAACGGGUGCGUCAGAAGCGCGAGGAGAUCCGGACUCUGAUCAUGAAGAUGCACCGGAGCCAGGAGGGGGGGCCCUGAAGUUCUACUGCACAUGUUUUACUGCGUUAUUUAUUAGUCUAGUUUGUUGUGUGUAAAUAACUUUAUACUGAAAAUAAACUGUGACGUCAAACACAA